AUGUUUUUUGUUGCUGCUGAAAACGGUCCAAAUGCAACAAUGUUUGUCUUUGGAUGCAUCGCCGUAAAGGCUGCGGAAGAGAAUUUGACACUUGGGCCCACCACCACCACCACCACCCAAAAAAAAGAAAAAGCCGACCCAGCCGUCUUAGCCCUGCACAGGGGUGGCGGUCGAUGCGCCGCACUCAGCACUUCCAGUUGCACAGUGCUUUUAGUGAGUAUGCGUAACAUGAAUUUGAUCUGGACCCGCGAUUGGCUAGUGGAAUAUGAGCCUUUUGGGGCCCAUUUUAUUGCGGAAAAAGAGGAAAAUGAAAAUUUAUGUCCUUGCCGUUUUUUUUGUCCCUCUUUCUUUAUUUUUUCCUCUUAG